GCCAACUGGACAUGAGUGAUGAAACUCAAUUUAUGUUGUUUGUCGAAAGGUCAAAAUCUAAAAUCAUGGUCUUGUUGGGUCUGUUCUGAAAGCGAAACGAGAAGAAACGUAGGAAAUUCCAAACAUCAGAUGAUCUUAUUAUUACCAAAACCAGAAAUAAAAACACACUUUGUUGGAAACACAUUUAUUUUUUGAUCUGAAAAGAUCAGGAUCCCUUUCUUCACGCACCCGCACUCAAAAUCAAUAAUAAUAAUAAUAAUUAUAAAAAACAAAAAUACCUUUCUUUUGUUUUCAUUCAUCUAAUCAUCUAAUUCCAUAAUUGCUCUCUGCAUUGCAUUCUCCAGCUAUCUAUUCCUCUAUUUCGUCGUUUUCUCCUUCCAAUACCUAAAAACGGUGUCGUUUUGAGAGCGUCUGUGUGCGUUUUGAUGAUGUAGAGAGGUUGAUCUGAAAUGCACCCGUACAACCGGCUACCGAGCAGCGGGCAUUCGACGCCGUCACCUCCGUCGUCACCGCUACGGUCGCCGAGGCUCCGGCACGGACGGUCCAAGGCGGGGAAAUUUUCUUCUGGAGGGAAGAGUUUAGCGCAGAGGCUGAGUUGGAUGUUGCUUUCCGUUCUUCUCCGGCGACAGGGAAUAUUCUUGUUCGCUCCUUUAAUUUACAUCUCCGGUAUGCUUCUCUAUAUGGGAACGGCGUCGUUUGAUGUCGUUCCGAUCAUCAAACACCGUCCUGCUCCUGGCUCAAUCUACCGUAGUCCUCAGCUUUAUGCCAACCUUCAACAUGAUAUGGAUUCAGAUAACUCUUCUGCCGAUGCGAUAUCCACAAUAUGGAAGAGUCCAUAUAGAGGUGGUGAGUGGAAACCAUGUGUGAACAGAUCUUCGGAAGGCCUACCUGAAUCAAAUGGAUACAUAUAUGUAGAGGCUAAUGGUGGAUUAAAUCAGCAAAGGACAUCAGUAUGCAAUGCCGUUGCUGUGGCUGGCUAUCUCAAUGCCACCCUUGUGAUCCCCAAUUUCCAUUAUCAUAGCAUAUGGAAAGAUCCUAGCAAAUUCAGGGACAUUUAUGAUGAAGAAUAUUUUAUCGACACCCUGAAAAAUGAUGUACGGGUGGUUGACAAGAUUCCUGAGUACCUGAUGGAAAGAUUUGGCAGCAACAUGACAAAUGUUCACAAUUUCAGGAUCAAGGCAUGGUCAUCCAUUCAGUAUUACAGAGAUGUGGUGCUCCCAAAGUUACUUGAAGAAAAGGUUAUAAGGAUUUCACCUUUUGCAAAUAGAUUGUCCUUUGACGCUCCUCCAGUUGUCCAGCGUCUCAGAUGCUUAGCAAAUUAUGAGGCUUUACGGUUUUCAAGUCCUGUAUUGACAACAGGUGAAUCAUUGGUUGAAAGAAUGAGAGAGCGUAGUGCCAUUAAUGGCGGUAAAUAUGUUUCUGUGCAUCUUCGUUUUGAAGAGGAUAUGGUUGCUUUCUCUUGUUGUGUUUUUGAUGGUGGAAAACAGGAGAGACAAGACAUGAUUGCAGCUAGAGAGAGAGGUUGGAAAGGGAAAUUUACAAAACCCGGACGAGUUAUACGUCCUGGAGCAAUCAGGACCAAUGGGAAGUGUCCCCUCACCCCACUAGAGGUUGGCCUGAUGCUAAGGGGAAUGGGUUUUACAAAAAACACAUCUAUCUUUUUGGCAUCUGGAAUUAUUUAUAAUGCUGAGAAAACGAUGGCUCCACUGCUACAAAUGUUUCCUAAUUUGCAUACGAAAGAGACUCUGGCCUCUGAAGAGGAACUUGCUCCAUUUAAGAAUUAUUCUUCCAGGAUGGCUGCUAUAGAUUACACUGUUUGUCUUCAUAGCGAGGUGUUUGUCACAACUCAGGGGGGUAACUUUCCUCAUUUUCUGCUGGGCCACAGAAGAUACUUGUAUGGUGGACACUCUAAGACAAUUAAGCCUGACAAGCGGAAGUUAGCGCUGCUGUUUGAUAAUCCCAAUAUAGGAUGGAAAAGUUUCAAGCGUCAACUGAUGAGCAUGAGGUCACACAGUGAUUCCAAGGGAGUUGAGCUCAAAAGACCAAAUGACUCUAUAUACAGCUUCCCGUGCCCAGAUUGUAUGUGCCGUGCCAAUAAAACCGAUGAUUCCAAAUCUUCAUCAGCAGCUUGAUCUACUCACAGAAUUUGAUGGGCAUUUCUUUUACCUAUGAUUUUGUGAGCAUGCCUUGCUGCUGACUGCGUUUCUGAUACUGUGAAUGUUUCGUUUCUCCCCCUUUCCAUUUGGUGAGAAGGCAUACACUCCAUUUUUGGAGAUCAAAAGAUUUUGUUGGAGGUCUCAUUGCUGAUUAUAUAUUUGGAUUAAAUUUCAAGGAAGUGACAUCGUUUUUACACAUGAUGCCAAUUCAGAACAGAAUGGAAAAUGUUCCUUUGCAGGAAUCUCUCCCAGAACACUGAGUGAGCUAUGUUUAUACACGAAUUAGCAACUGCUGUAUCGAACGAGUUGUUUAAAGAGUCGGAGGACAAGCUCACAUUCCUUCACAACCUGCCUGUAAAUUACCAGAAGCCUGAUAUUCAUGUGUUAAGGCUCUAGCAAGCAAUAACUCUGUACAUUUACAAAAUUCAGGGUCCUGCCAUACGGUUUUCUUGGUCUGUUUUAGGUUAUUUUCUAUUUUCCUUUGUUCUUGUUACCAAUUUUGUAUUAUGUUUUCUCUCUCACAGAGGGCCCCUUUGCUAGUUAUUAGCCUGUAUCUUAGCACAUUUCUUAUUCUUUACAUUGGCACCCCAUUGUUUUAGCGAUGAUACUAGUGAAUGUAAUUAUUCCACCCAUUCAUAGCCAGCAACUACGAAAGUUUGCUCAACAUUGUUGUGAAGAGACUGUGUAAAUCAUACUCUUAUAUAGAGCAUCUCAGAUAUAUCCACAGGUAAUACGGUUGCUAA